AAAAAAAAAUUGUUCUUUUUUAAUAGUCUUUUUUGAUCAAAACAGGCACUAUGAUUGACAGUGAUAUCCGUAGUGUGAUCGAUACCAUUUGGCAAAAAGAUAAACACUUGAUAGAUUUGGAAGAGUUUUUAAAUAACACGACUCUUGAUCAAUAUUCAUGUUCUCAAACUCAACUGGACAGUGUAUUUGAAAAAGAUCAUACUCUACAACUUCCCUCUCAUUUACAAGAUAUCCUCAAAGAUCGACGAAACAAACCUAACUUGGGUAUCUUUUCUCAUAUUCAUCGUAUAUGGAUUGCAUGGAAAACUAAAGUUUAUAUAUGGGAUUAUAUUAACAAUAUAUCAUUUUGUUAUGAAGCAAACGAAGAAGUAUAUCAAGUAGGAUUGGUCAAAGCAAAACCAGGUGUAUUUAACAAUAAUGUCAAAUGGAUUUUGGUUGUCAACUCGGCCACUUUUAUCACUAUGACGGGUAUAUUAUUCUCUGAUACUUCUUCUACAGCUACUAUGGAAUUAGUGGACUCACAAAAUCAUAGAGUCAAGUCACAUGGCAUCAAAAUGAAAUCUAUUCUUGGAACUCUUGAUGGUCGAAUCAUGAUGCUUGGUAGGGAUGAUGGUCAUAUAUAUGAACUCGUAUACAAAAAUCAAGCUGGAAUGGAUCAACUUACAUGUCAUACUGAUCAUUCAUUUACCCAGUUCCUAUCUUCCACAUUUGGUUUAACCGCUUUAUCUGGUUUCUUCAAACCUCCUCCUGAAUUAAAAACAAAGGCUAUCACAAUGGAUUACCAAAGAAAAUUAAUGUAUGCAUUAACAGAAACAUCUACAAUUCAGAUUAUCUCUCUGUCAGGUCAUUCUACCUUCACUCUGGGUGCCUUAUUAACCAAUAUUACUGAUCAAUUCAUUUCAUUCUUACUUGCACCUUCCAUCAAUGAUCCUACAAAGAUGCCUUCGCCUUCUGCUCUUGCCAUACUCGGUUCUACUCUUUCCCCUACUCCUUUUGAUAUUAUUUCAGUUCAUCCUGUACCAAAACGACAAAGAUCAUCAUUACAACAAUCUACGCCUUCAACCAAAGAAAUCAUCUUUUGUGCUGUUACUUCUCAUGGAUGUAGGUUAUACUUUACUCUGAAUGGACCCAGUCAUAGCAUCCACUCUACAGAUGCCACCUUCUCGCUAGCUCAUGUUCGAUUACCACCUUAUCGAUAUGAUUUACCUUUAGCCAUAAAAUCUACUCAACGUGUCACUUCAACUUUCCAACAACCUGAUGUAUUCAUUGCUACGAUUAAUAACACUACUGAAUCCACCAGCCAAAAAAAUCAACUAUGGGUGACUAGUUAUCAAGAACAAUAUUAUGAUCAACUUCUCAGGAUCGAAGAAACUAGUGACGUGAUCACCUUGGACUCUUCUACCGUCGCCAUUGCUCAUCAUAAUACACCGUUGUUUUCCGACAACAACAGCAACAACAACAACAAUAAUGACCUCGUUGCUGUUCCUUUCUACGAUCGUAUCGAUACUUCCAUCGACACACCUCAUCAACACUAUCUUGUAAUUUCACAAAAUGGAACUAUCUGUAUGUACAGCAAACAACGACCUGUCGAUGUUACGUACAAAUCAGUAUGUAAAGGACAAGAUCCUUCUCAGGAUUUGGAUGAUCUUAUUCAACGAUAUGGAUUAGUGGAAACAUAUACAAUGCUUUUGAAUAUAUUCUCGACUCGAUCGCAACCAAGCCAACAACAACGCAGUUCAUUUUUCUUGAAGACAAUGGCAUCAUUCCAUCAAGAUCAGACUAAUCUAGCAUUACUAUCAAUCUAUACCCGUAUUGUGAAACAUUUGUGGAAUAAGGAUAUCUUUAGUGUAGAGGAUCAAUACGAAAUCUUAAAAUUAUUGGACCAAAGCAAAUACGAGGUGAACAAAGUUUAUUGCUUGAUACAAGAUCAUUUAUCUCUAGGAUUCGACCAUCAAGUCUUUGCACACGUACUUCAAUUCUUACAUUCAAACGUUCAAAUUAUGUCCUUUGUUCACUUUUUGAUUCGACAUGACUUUUUUGAAAGAAAACAAUACGAGAUCGACAACAAUAUUGUUUUCUCUGAUUUGGUUACUACGGAAAGAGGACAUGAUAUAUUAGAACACCUUGUCAACAAGUCAAUUCAACACUUUGCAUCAUCUAGAGACGAUAAUGAUACUGAGCAGGUGAUGAUCAGUCAUUUCUUAUUCGAACAUUGCCCUACGCUAUUUGGAGAUGCCCAACGAUUGACAUUAUAUGAAGGAGAUGAAUACUUGGCGAUAGCUCAGCAUCAGCUCCAACGACAUAAAAAUAAAGAAGAUCAAUCAAUGACCAAGGAAGAUACGACUACCAAAUUACUUGAGACAUCAUUGAACAAAUAUAUCAGUGUGGAUCAUUUAUCACAAGAGACUCGGACUCGGAUUUGUAACGCUUACCAAGCCGCUGGAUUUUAUCAAGGCGUGGUGACUUUGGCCCUUCAUGCAACCGGUGAACCUUCAACAUUAUCUUUACUGAACAACACCCAAUUGACAGGUUGUCUCAACUUAUCCACAGAUUCAUCUAGUGACGCUAGUUUCACACCUAUCCUUAGUUUAUUGGAUCACAUCUUUUCUAACGAUAACCAAUCUGACGAUGACCUUGUCUCAGUGUUACAAAUGACAUUGCCAGUGUACUCCCAAAACAAGGCUCUACAUUAUAGCAUUUACGCAUGGUUGAUUCAGCAUGAUAAGAUGGCGACAUUAUUUACCCUGACAACGCAAGAAGCACAUAUGACAGAAUAUCUUCUCGACUUUUUAGAACACGACUAUAGUCCGAAAGCAGUGGGUGUGGACUGGUUAUAUAAAUAUUACGAUCAUCUUGGUGAAUAUAGACAUAUGGUGACUUACCUUACCAAAUUAGCUUUGGAUAUUCAAGACGUACCUUUAUCAAAACGUAUUGAUUAUUUGGAUCUUGCCAUCAAACAGCAAAAGAAGAAUAUGGAAUCUGAUAGGACAGACGAUGAUCAACAAAAUCUGGAUCAUUUGGACAUAUUGCAUACCAAGGCAUUGAUUCAACAAGAUAUACUCAAUUCACUACCGGAACUAAAAAACGAUGAUCGUUUGGCAUCAUACUUAUUAUCGUCGGACGAUUUACUUGAUUAUGCUACGAAGAAUGGAUUAUGGGACCAAGUAAUUUUGCUUUUGCAUCUCUCAAGAAAGUCUCCUAGCGAUUUUGAUUACAUGUUAUUGAAGACAGCUUGGCAAUCUUUAUUGGAAGAAGCAGCAUCAAAUGAUCUGGAUUUAUUACGGCGUCGGUUGGUGGUGUUAGGGAAACAGCUCUAUCCUUCAGUAACAACAUUCCCUAUUUAUUUAAUUGUGUCUAUGGUUGAAGCUCACUGUUCAACACAUAACGCUAAAAAGGGAUAUGUCAUUGAUUUAUUACUGGAAAUUGGUGUAGAAUUGUCAAUAUUGAUGGAUGCCUAUGAUUCCAUACUUGUCAACAAGAAUCAUCAGAUCAAGAUCACCUUCAACAACAAUUAGAUUAUCUUCGGUCCCUGAUCUCUUCUACAUAGUGAUACAUAUAUUUGUGUCCCCUUCAUCCAUUACUGUCAAAAUAAUGAUAAUAAUAAUAAAAACAUGCGCAUUUAUUUAUAUUGUAUUAUGAUACAUUGUUUACUGAAUUGAAUAUAUAAAAAAAAAUACAUCAGAAUAAAAAAAAAUGCGAUAUCAAAUCACAGAAAAAAAAAUACAAAUAGAUCUAUUUAUCAAACUUCCGUC